CUUUAACUACCGCUAACAGACAGGAACUAGGACGUACACCAAAUUAUAUAUAUACAACAUACAACGUAGCAGAUGUCUGUCUUGGUCCUUCGUUGCUCGCCUACCAACCAGGGCUGUAUUGUACAAAGGAAGUCAAACAAUCCUUCCCUCCAUCAGCCCCGCCUACUCUCUCCCUCGACCCAACCACCGUGACAGCAAACCAUCACCUCCACAUGACCAAAACGCCCCCGCCACAAAAGCCUUGCUGAUGAUAUCAUCAUCUCAUACUACUACAUCUUUCUUUCUUGAGACCAUUUAAAAUUUCAGAUCAGGGGCAAGCAUGGCAAGUUUCUCAGGAGGCUCCAGUUAAACCUUCCCUAUCCGGUUUCUUUCUGAGUUCCAACUCCCUCAUUUCUUCUACAAGCAACAACUCCAGCACACAAACACACAUCCAUCCGUCCAUCCAUCCAUCCGAGAGGGGGAAGAGAAAAAGGGUGUAAGAGGAGGAGGAGGAGGAGGAGUUGCCUCUGAAAGCAAGCCAUCAUUAGGCCACCAAAUGCUGGAAUGCAUAUUGGCUGACACGACAACAAGUCCAAGACGAAGGAGCAGAGCAGGCGCUGCGUCGGCGUCGGCCGGGUGACGGACGCCGGCGUGCGUGCUAGGUAGGUAGCUAGACGCUGCCAUGUCGUAUGAUCAGAUGCUGUCGCCGCUCCUCGGCCGGUCGGCGUGGACGCCGCAGCUGCAGCAGCUGCAGGUGGGCGGCGACGCCGUGACGAGGCAGAUACUCAAGUGCACGCGGUGGCAGCUGGAGGAGACCACGGACUUCGUCACCUGCCCCUACCACUACUACUGCGACAGCUCCUACCCCGGCGACUACCACCCGGCCGUCGGCGCGCUGGUGGCCGCCUUCGCGGCCUACUGCUUCGUCGCCGCGCUGGCCUUCGCCGUGCUGGACCUUGCCCGGAGCGGCGCCGCGGGCGUCAGGGGCGUCAAGAGGAAGUACCUCGUCCCGUCCGGGCCCUUCCUGCUCCCGCUGGUGCUGCUGGCGCUGGCCAAGGGGCAGCGCGUGAACGCCGUGUUCCCGCUCGCGCAGCUCGGCCCGGCAUUGCUGCUGCUGCUGCAGGCGUCGGCGCUGGCGUUCCGGAACGAGGCCGACGGCGACAUCCGGUACGCGGUGCUGGAGGCCUCCACGGUGUCCGGGGUGCUGCACGCCAGCCUCUACCUGGACGCCGUCGUGCUGCCCUACUACACGGGGCUGGAGGCGCUCCGCUGGUCCCGCUUCUCCGGGGAGUGCGCGUCGUGCCUCUGCCGCAUGGAGCCGCUGGUCGUCGGCGGCACGGCCAUGCGGUACCGGGGCCUGUCCAAGACGGCGCUGGCCAUCAUCUUCGCGCUCUGCUCCAGGAUGGUGUGCCGGAUUUACGGCGAGGAGCGGCUGAGCGCGUGGACGCGGUCGGCGCUGGAGGGCGUCGGGUGGGUGUUGGUGGCGGCCGACGCCGUGUACCUCGUCGGCUGGGUGGCCGCGGAGGGCGGCGCCGUCGGGGUGGCGGCCUACAGCCUGGUCGCCGGCCUCGUCUUCCUCUGCGUCUUCGGCAAGGUGUACAGAUUCUUGGCGUGGGUGGAGUCGCGGCAGUCGCAGUGGAAAUCCAGCCUCUGCCACACCAUCGUUUGAUCGCCCUAAUUCUUGCUCAAUGAAUGUAGAGAAAAAACAAGAAAGAGAAACAAACUCCCUCCUCCUCCAUCCAUUUCUUAGUUCACCUUUGGUUCGCUUUGAUGUACAAAUUUACAAUGCACAAAAUGGAAAGAAUUCUGCAAAAAUUCCCCUUGAAGCCA